CCCCGUGGCCCUCGCCGAAUCCUCUUCACCGCCCCUCUCUUCCCCUCGCUAUGCCUACCCUCUCUACCCUUACCACCCUCGGCCCCUACCACUUCUUCACGUACGCCACCCUCCUCGGCACCUCCCUCUACCAGACCUUCGUCAUGACCAAAGUCUGCUACAACGCGUUACCACGAAGCGCCUUCACCACUCUCAACAAACGCGUAUUUCCCGUUUAUUUCCAGGGCCAAACCCUCCUCCUCGCUCUCACCGCCGCGACGUUCCCGCCGUACGGGCCGCUGAGCUUGAGGCGAUCAAUGGGGGAUCUGCUCCCGCUGGCACUUGCGGGGGGAAUGGCCGUGCUGAAUCUGGUGAAGUUCGGGCCGGCGACGCAGAAGGCGAUGGUGGAGAGAGGGUGGCAGGAAACCCGCGACGGGAAGAAAGCCAGCGAUCCCGACGUCAGUGACGAGAUGCGGGCGCGGAAGAAGGCGUUUUCGCAUUAUCAUGCGAUGAGCAUUCAUUUGAAUCUGGUGGCAAUUGGGGGGAUGGUGUGGUAUGGGUUGAGGUUGGCGGCGAGGCUGGAUUUUGGGUAGGGGGGUGGAGGGGAGGGAUGUUGUGCGCUUGACACGAGGUUGGAUAUGAAGAUAUGGCGAGAUUGGGAGGGCUACUGUACAUGUCGUCGUUAAAUAUGUCGUAACCCAGAGUACUAGGGAAAUAAUGUGGGGCCUAUCUUCGUAUUCGAUAGAAGAGGGGAGUCUUCAGAGGGGAGCAGAUGCGUCGAGUUGGAAGUGCUGUAGGUGGACAAGGAUCUUACAUGAUCGGGCCACCUUGAGGUUCUAUGUGCAGCCUGAAUAUAGCGUCUAGAGAGCUCAUAGAGUAGGCAGUAACUCAGCGGGCAGAGUUUGAGAG